AUCGAUGUAUUUUAUACAAUAAAUCGUAACAACUUAAAUUAAUUAUAAACACAAUGCCGGAUAUAAAAAUAAUCCCUCUGGGUGCUGGUCAAGAUGUUGGUAGAAGUUGUAUUUUGCUUACAAUGGGCGGGAAAAAUAUAAUGUUAGAUUGCGGAAUGCACAUGGGGUACAACGACGAACGUAGAUUUCCCGAUUUUUCUUACAUUUCGCAAGAAGGACCGUUAACACCUUACAUAGAUUGCGUAAUUAUCUCUCAUUUUCAUUUGGAUCAUUGUGGAGCUCUUCCGUACAUGUCAGAAAUGGUUGGAUACUCAGGCCCGAUUUAUAUGACUCAUCCAACGAAGGCAAUCGCCCCAAUCUUAUUAGAAGAUAUGCGAAAAGUGUCUGUUGAGAAAAAAGGGGAACAAAACUUUUUUACUUCUCAAAUGAUUAAAGAUUGUAUGAAAAAGGUUAUUGCAGUUACAUUACAUCAAUCUGUAAUGGUUGAUAAUGAGUUAGAAAUUAAAGCCUAUUAUGCCGGUCAUGUUUUGGGGGCUGCAAUGUUUUGGGUUAAAGUUGGAUCACAAUCUAUUGUUUAUACUGGAGAUUAUAACAUGACUCCAGAUAGGCAUUUGGGAGCUGCUUGGAUUGAUAAAUGUCGACCGGACAUUUUAAUUUCUGAAUCAACUUAUGCCACAACUAUAAGAGAUUCAAAAAGAUGCAGAGAAAGAGACUUUCUAAAAAAAGUUCAUGAAUGUAUCGAUAAAGGAGGAAAAGUAUUAAUUCCAGUAUUCGCUUUGGGAAGAGCCCAAGAACUUUGUAUAUUAUUAGAAACAUAUUGGGAAAGAAUGAACCUUAAAGUCCCAGUUUAUUUCGCGCUGGGUUUAACAGAGAAAGCGAAUAAUUAUUACAAAAUGUUCAUAACUUGGACGAAUCAAAAAAUUCGUAAAACAUUCGUACAAAGAAAUAUGUUUGAUUUUAAACACAUUAAACCAUUUGAUCGGCAAUACAUAGAUAAUCCAGGUCCAAUGGUUGUUUUUGCAACCCCAGGAAUGUUACAUGCAGGUUUAAGCCUACAAAUAUUUAAAAAAUGGGCCCCAAACGAAAAAAAUAUGGUCAUAAUGCCCGGAUUUUGUGUACAAGGAACGGUUGGUCAUAAAAUAUUAAACGGCGCCAAACAAAUCGAAUUUGAAAAUCGACAAAUAGUCGAUGUAAAAAUGACGGUUGAAUACAUGUCUUUCUCAGCGCAUGCUGAUGCCAAAGGAAUUAUGCAACUAAUUCAAUAUUGCGAACCAAGAAAUGUAUUAUUGGUUCAUGGCGAAGCUGAAAAGAUGGAAUUUUUAAAAGAAAAAAUUAAACAAGAAUUUAAUCUUGAUUGUUAUAACCCGGCAAAUGGUGAAAUGUGUAUUAUUAAAACCCCAGUUAAAAUCCCAAUUGAUGUUACAUUAUCUUUAUUAAAAACGGAAGCAAAAAAAUACUGUUCUUUACCCCCCGAUCCAAAACGGCGGAGAAUUUUGCACGGAGUUUUAGUAAUGAAAGAUAACAAUGUGUGUCUUAUGGAUGUUGAUGAUGCUUGUAAGGAGGCCGGAAUUAAUAGGCAUAUAAUAAGGUUUACCUCAACCGUACAUCUACACGAUUUAGGACCAUCAAUAACAACAACCCAAAAAUUAUAUAAUUUAAUUAAAGAACAAUUACCACAGUGGAGUGUUUCAAUGACUGAAGGAUCGAUUUCGGUUGAAUCGGUUUUGGUUAAAGUUGAAGGUGAUGAUGAUGAACAAAAAAGUGUUUACGUUUCGUGGACUAAUCAAGAUGAAGAUUUAGGGAGUUAUGUUUUAGGUCUGUUGAAUUCUAUGGGUAAAUAAUUUGAUUUUAAAUUAAUUGCCAUUAGUUAUUAAGGAAAAUGUAUUACUUAGAAUAAUGUUGAGUUAAUUAAAAGGAAUAUUUUUUAAAA